AAACGACACAAGAUGAAAAUAUGGUAAAAGAUUUAAUUCAUUUCAAACUGACACUAAAACUAAAAAAAAUUUCCACUAAAGCAAAAAAAAUCAACUAUAAACUCAUCUCAGUAAAAAUACAAACCUGUUUAAUUCUCUUUGUUUGAUUAAAUCUCUGAUAAACUGAAAACAUGCGACAUGAGAUCGCUUAGAUCUGGACCUCGUCUGUGUCUGAUCUGGUGUCUGUGGUCAUGUGACCUGAUGUGGGCGUCGACGUGGACUCUGGUGGUUUUUUUGGGUCCAUGAGAGUCUCCCUGAGUCCUGGUGACAUCACUUCCUGUCCUGGUUGGAUUCCCAGCGUCUGCAGACUCACAUCUGGAGGAAACUGAUGUCAGAGGUCACAUGACACCAACGCUGCAGCCGGGCCCAGGUCCAGAGUCCAGAGUCCAGGACCGGGUCUUAAAGGGACUAGGAUCCAGAGUCCAGGACUGGGUCUUAAAGGGACCAGGACCAUGAACCAGAGUCCAGGACCGGGUCUUAAAGGGACCAGGACCAUGAUCCAGAGUCCAGGACCGGGUCUUAAAGGGACUAGGAUCAGGAGUCCAGGACCGGGUCUUAAAGGGACUGGGAUCCAGAGUCCAGGACCGGGUCUUAAAGGGACCAGGACCAUGAUCCAGACUCCAGGACCGGGUCUUAAAGGUACUUGGAUCCAGAGUCCAGGACCGGGUCUUAAAGGGACCAGGACCGUGAUCCAGACUCCAGGACCGGGUCUUAAAGGUACUAGGAUCCAGAGUCCAGGACCGGGUCUUAAAGGGACCAGGACCAUGAUCCAGAGUCCAGGACCAGGUCUUAAAGGGACCAGGACCACGAUCCGGAGUCUAGGACCAGGUCUUAAAAGGACCAUGAUCCAGAGUCCAGGACAAGGUCUUAAAGGGGCUAGGAUGCAGAGUCCAGGACCGGAUCUUAAAGGGACCAGGACCAUGAUCCAUAGUCCAGAACAGGGUCUUAAAGGAACCAGCACACGAUCCGUAGUCCAGAACAGGGUCUUAAAGGGACCAGGACCACGACCCAUAGUCCAGGACUGGGUCUUAAAGGGACCAGGACCAUGAUCCAUAGUCCAGAACGGGGUCUUAAAGGGAGCAGGACCACGACCCAUAGUCCAGGAUUGGGUCUUAAAGGUGCUAGGACCAUGAUCCAGAGUCCAGAACAGGGUCUUAAAGGAACCAGGACCAUGGCCCAUAGUCAUGGACCACGAUUUGGAGUCUGGGGACCAGGUCUUAAAGAAAACUACAUAAAAGUCACAAAAAUGACGUAAAAAUUGCAAAUAAGAUGAAAACUGUUUAAAAGCUGCAACUAAAUAAAAAUGAUGCUGAAGUCCAAAAACAAACUUCUCCUUCUCCUCUUCCUCCUGCUUCUUCUUCUUCUCCUUCUC